AUGGACUUCGAAGCUCCACCUCCAUUCGUUGGAGCGUUGGACGAGCUCCCAGAUGUUGAGUGCGACGUUCGAAUGACGGUCGAUGACGAGGAAGAAUUUAGCACUGGACAUCUUGAAAUUCCAACGGAUCUACCCUGCACCUCCUCAUCAGCUUCACCUCAGUUCUCUUCAUGCAAGCAAAAUUCUGCGACGAAAGACUCAGAUGAUGGUCAUGAAAAGUGUUUGGGUCAGAAUCAUCCGAACUCGGUGAUAAAUGAACUACCAGUCGAUAGAGAACUUGGUCGGACAUCUGUCGAUUUUUGUCCUUUUGCAAAAGAGAGAAACUGUGAAGUGCAUAGGUUGGAUUCUCUACAAGAUGAUGAGAGUACUGAGGAUGAGUUUGGUCUUUCCGAUCCCCUACCUCAACCGUCUUUUUCUGAGGAUUUCCAUUCAUCUGGACAGAUGGCUGAAGUUUGGCCUGCCACUGUUGAGGAAAGUGGUGAGGACGAUGAAUGGAAUGCCUUUAGCUCACUUCAAGAAUAUAGAAAUGAUAGGGAUUGGUCGGCGGACUUUGACGAUUUUGAUAAGUCCAUUCCUGAAGUAGUCGAUGGUACCAGUAGUGACUCGAGUCCUCUAGCUACUAAUGUUCCGAUACCCGAAACGUUGAUGUCUCCAAUUUUGGAUGAUUUAUGUGAUUUUAUUGAUCUAUGGAAUGUGGAGAACGAAAUAGGUCACGACAAGGGAUACAAUAUUAUUAAUUUGCUCGACUCCGAUGCUUCAGAAGUGAAGGAAAAUAGCGCCAUACCUUUCGUUAAAGGUUAUGAGCUUUGGCUUGCUCUGCGAGUAGUUGAAGAUGCUUUAGCGUUGAAGUUCGAAUGGAAGGGAUCACAGCAUAGAGUUAAUCUUUUCAAAGCAUUAGGUGUUGAUCCGGUUGAUGAUGGUCGUGUUUCCUCAUCACCUUCAAUGUUUACUGUAUUAGAACCAACACCGUUAAUCGCAAAUGGUAUAACACGCCGAUCUGUAAUAAUUUCUCGUGAAGAAGGAGCACACGAUGCCAAAGUGGUUUCGGCAGAGGCACCAGCCUCUGAUUCUCAAUCAACGGCUACCACUGUACCAAUCGAAUCACCAUCAAUACCGAGCGCUGAUUUUGACUGGGAAAAGUCGGAUUUAGUCAAUCCGACGAUGGCAGCAAAUCGCUCUUCUGCUUUACUUGACGUCGAUUUUCUAUGGGCUAAUAGUGGUGGUGGAAAUUCAUCUGCAAUUUCGACGUUGCAAAAAGAGCUCGAUCAACUUGGUAUCUCAAACACGUUGUCUCAGACACGGGCUAAGCGUGAGAACCAGCCGUCUAUGUUAGACGUUGUUAUGGCGUCUGCCACCAAGUUAGACAAAAAAAUAAUUCGGCCGCCGUCCGAACUGUCACUCGACGCGCGUGCUCUUCAUGAUCAGUUGCCAGACAUUGACUUCUUACGAGCCAGUAUGAUCAUGUUUCCUAUAGGCGAGAAUCGUUUCAAGCAGUCGUGA